CGGGCAUCCCAGCAACGAUCUCAAAAUAAACCAACAGCGCAAUAUCAUCAUCUCACAAGCAGCGCCGGUGUCACUGUGCGCAGAGAUUGCAUCCCUGUAUACGCCUUUGCAGUCCCAUUGAUGCAUCCGCAGAUACAGUCUGUGGACACUUCGAAUACACUAGUUACCGCACAACCUGGAAAAACUACGGUGCUAGCCCCCCCUCCGUUCAGAACGGCUGCUCAAUCAUAAAAAGAGAGAAAAGACAAUGUCACCGCUCUCACCUCUUUCUCCUCUCGGAUCCUCGAAUAAUAAUUCGAGGAUACAUUCGCCGAUUGCGCCUAUACCUCCCCCUCAUAUCGUGAUGGACGCCUUCCGUUCCGAAUCUGGGGACGAUUACAAAGAAAACAUGCCACCGGCAAUGUCGAGUCCUACGAAGAAGACGAUGAUGAUGUCUGAGACGAAUUAUGAUUAUGAGCGAGAGGAAGAGAAAGCUGCUCCUGAGAUCAACUACUCGGAAGCAGAUGCGGAGUCAGCGGCUUCUCCACAACAGCCUCCUAGUUCGCCUUUUAGGUUCGAUGCUCGCGAUGAUACGGUGGAUAUGGGGAUGUUGAGACAGCGCGAGGUGUCGCCUGCUGGUUCUGAGGGACUUGUGGGCCCAAGUCCGAGGAAGAGGUCGCAUUCUGAUCUCCACGUUGAGGAGGAUGCGGAAGAAGAGCGGCGUCGUAGUCAGGGUCCUGCGGUCGUCGUGGAAGACAAAGAAGAGGACAAAGAACAGGAGGUGGUUGAAGAAGAGGCGAAUGCUGAGAUUGAUUUUGAUGAUGAGGGAAGCGUCAUUCAUCACAGGAGCUUCAGAGAAAGCGGCAGACGAGACGUUGCCGAUAGCAUGAUGGAGGAUAAACGCAAUGAAGGCAUGAGCACCGUCUACCAGGAGCGUGUUCCUGAGCACGAACACACUACUUCUCGGAACAGCUCUGAGGAUGAAAAUCACGAGUUUCAUGAUACGAUGGAUGACAGUUGCUUCAGUACCUUUUCAGCUGUGCCUAAUGUCGAUAUGACGAUGUUCGCGAAGCUUAGAGGAGAGUCGCCAACGAAGACGAUGCGCGAUACACCGAGUGCUGCGGCUCAGCUUCGCAGCUCGCCGUACAAAGCUGUUCCUUCAACACCACGUACUGACAAGCGGGAUGGUGGAAGAGGCCCUCUGCUGUUCGAGUCGACUACGCCAGCGGGCUCCCCUACACCGCGCAAGAGAGGUUUGGGCAAUGCGGCUGAGACGCCUAAUCUUCUUGACUUUACGGACAGGAUGGAGCUUCUGACGAAGAGCUCCAAGCGGUAUGACCCAGAGAGUAACCGUUACUCGCCUCGACGGUCGCCUAUGAGACGGACCCGGGAGUCCAUCCGAUCCCCUGGGAAAUAUGCGCUCCUUGACUUUGAAAUCCCACCAGCUCCUACGCCACGGUCGAUACCCACUGUCACGCCUCGUGAACUUGAGACCUUGAAGUCUGGGUAUCUGUCCGAGAUCUCUUCGCUUAAGGCUACGUUGAGCGGAAGGGAGGCAGAGGUGGCAAGCCUGAAACAAGCUAUUGCUGAUGCUGAGAGACGUGUUGGUGAGGCUCUGGAAGAGGUUAUGAAUGAAGCUGCCCGCAAAGAAGCGCUGGAGGUUGAACAGGCCGAAUGGGAGCGGAGAGGCAAGGAAAUGGAGAGUGUGCUACGAAGUGUCAGGGAUGAGAUCGUCCAAGGUGAACUAGAGCGAGAACGGUUGACCAAGAAGGUCGAGGAGGCCGAAAGAUGCAAAGAGCAGCUAGAAGGAAGAAUUGUCGAACUGGAAAGUCAGCUCACUGCUGCCAGGAAGUCCACCGCUACCGAGGCUGGCCCAGCCAGCAGUGACUCGGGCGACAAGAAGACUCCUGAUGAAGUGGCAAAGGAAGUACAGGAUGCCGUGGAGAGAGUUGCUCGCGAACUCCACACAUUGUACAAGGGAAAGCACGAAACAAAGGUAGCGGCGCUGAAGAAGAGCUACGAGGCCCGCUGGGAGAAGCGCGUCCGGGAGGCGGAGAAUAAAUGGAGGCAAGCAAUGGAAGAAAACGAGCGUCUCAAGACAGAGCGGGAUACGACAAUGUCCGGGUCUGUCAACCCCAAUGCCAGCAUGAUGAUGCGCGAAAAUGAAGAGCACGAGGCUGAGAAGCAUGUUCUGGAGGCGCAGAUCAAGGGUCUGCAGCAGGAAAUGCGUGCCUUGAAGAGUGAUAACGAAAAACUGCAUUCAGACCUCAAGAUGGAGAGAGCAGAGAAGGGAGAGCUUGUUGCGGUAGUUGAUGAGUGGCUUGCUAUGCAGCAGCAGCAGCAACAGCAGGAGCAGAGACUAUCUGAGGCUCCCAGUUCGCGACAAAGUUCCCUAGAAGCUCCCAGUAAACCGGCGAAUCCUGAGCCCGAGAACUUCAAACGAAGCAUCAGCCGCAGCGGUGCGAGUGGCAUCAGACCGCCCUCCACCAGCUCUGCUGGCUCUGCUCCUGGGGAGAGAAAGUUGGGACGUUUCGGUGCACCGGCCAGCGGCCAUUCCAGGGGCAACAGCGGUAGCGGGAAAUCCGGCAUCGCUGCUCCCACCCCUGGCCGCAGCGGCAUCAUGAACUCAAUCGAGCGUAUGGGCCGUGGCAUCUAGACCACUCUCCUCCACAAGCCAUGACUGAACGAUCCGAUUUUUCUAUUUGUUUACUUCGUGCACAUAAUCCUUUUUUCGGGCAUGGUGUUUUUAGUGUCGCUUCAGGCACGGUUGUCGUUGUUUGUCAGGGUAUAUCUAUCUAUCUAUCUUUCCUUUUUGUUCUGGAUAGGAGUGUUGGUCUGGUAUGUGAUACUGUACGUAAUAAUGAAGUCCUCACAGAAAAAUGACCCACGUCCUCGUCUUGUGCUUGACAACCUUGAAUCGGGGAAGACUUAUCAUUAUCAAAUUCCAGGCGUUAAUGGCACUACCACCUCCGAUAUUUUGAGCUUCGCAACGGCACAAAAGGCCGGGGCUGCAUCUGACGGAGAUAGGCCAGUAUGUUAACUUCUGGAACCUGAUAGCGUACGACUAUUCUGGAAGUUGGG